AUGCCGGAAUGCCCGGACGGCGGGGCCAAGGAGCCCCCCGUCCCGCAUAGGAUCUCCUUCUCCAUCCUAGACAUCCUGGAUCCCCACAAGUUCACCCGGCGAAACCAGGCGGCCGCGGGGAGCGGGGGCGAGCGGGAGAAAAGUUUGGCGAGAGUUGAAGUGGGGACGGGCGCUGCUCGCCACGGGAGCGGCUGGGAUAAGCUCGAGGCGGACGAUGCGGAGAGCGGAGCCGAGGCAGCGGCCGAGGAGGGCCCGGGAGCUGCCUGCACGACCCCCGGCCCCGCUCCCGGUCCCGCAGCCCCGGAGGAACCGGGCUCGCCGCGGGGCGGGCGGCGGCGCCGAGCCGAACCGAGCUGCGCCAAACCGCGGCGAGCCCGGACGGCUUUCACCUACGAGCAGCUGGUGGCCCUGGAGAACAAAUUCCGGGCCACCCGGUACCUGUCGGUGUGCGAGCGCCUCAACCUGGCGCUGUCGCUCAGCCUCACCGAGACGCAGGUGAAGAUCUGGUUCCAGAACCGCCGCACCAAGUGGAAGAAGCAGCACCCGGCCCCCGACGGCUCGGCCGCCCCAGCGCCCCCCAGCACCGCCGCCCGCGGCCCCCCGAGCCCCCCGGCGCGCCCCGCCGCGCCCCCCGGCCGGACUCUGCCCCCCUUCGCCGCCGCCGAGCUCCUCUUCCCGGCCGCCUCGCCCUUCCCGCUGGCCGCCGGCCCCUUCGCCCCCUUCCUGGGGCCCGCGUACCUCGGGCCCUUCUACGGCCCGCACCUCUGA